GAGAUUCAAGGGAAGACCGUCAAUGAUCUCCAACAAGAAUGACAGACAACUCAUCAGAUUGUCAGCUUCUUUAUCAAAAUACUUGCACUCCAACUCUAAACCACCCCGGGAUUCCCACCUGCCUUUUAUCACCAUGAUCAUCUCCUUUAAUAAUAAUCAAAGGAAGAGUCGGAUUUUUUUAUUAUUCUGAUUCUACGAAUUCACAUAUUAUAAACAUUAUAUUCUUUUGAGUUUAUACGCGAGCGAUAUCUUUCGGCAGUUGUGAAUUCCAGCAGAGAGAAUUGAGAAGAACGCACGGAGUUAGUCAAUGAGCAACCAAGUCUGAGAAAAGAAACGACGAUUGUCAAAAUGAAUAAUUUGGUGAGGUGCUAUGUUUGAGGAGGAAUUGUUCAUUUUGAGCGGCAACGAAUUUCAAUAAAUCUAACCGCAUCUUGGAGACUGAAGGAGAUAAACGAUAAUGGACACCAUGAUAACGAGAAGAUGGAAGAUGUGUUGGCUUCAUCAAACUGUGUUCGUCUCUAUCACGUGCCUUCUGACUGCAGUUCUCGCUAAUUCCCAUCGUCAUCAAGACACCCAAUCUUCAUCUACUCAGGUGCCUCUGAUGUUAUCAGGGACGUAUGCUACUAGUAAGGUAUUGCGGUCAUACAACGAAACGACAGUUUACAUAGCGGCUUUCGGGCAAGACUUUGUAUUGGAUGUUCAAAAAUCAAGGAAUUAUUCUGUUUUGCAGUCAACCGUAGAAACAAUAUACAGAGCGCUUGAUAAACCUUUUAGACGUAAAACAACACUGUCCGACGGAUGCUUUUUUCACGGUAAUAUUCGUGGAAGGAGAAAAUCUUUCGUUUUUCUAGAUGCCUCUUCAGGAAGCAUAUGUGGCACCAUCUAUGAUGGAAAUUACACUUACAUCAUCACUGAAGCAACAAAGGAAAGUCCUGUAUUACAUCGAUUCACAAGACUGACUUCGGUUGAAAGACCCCGUCAUGAAAGAAGGCAGGAUCCUCCAGGGAAGUUCUGGAAGCGAUGGAGAAGACAAGUCAGGCAGAUCACACAGCCCUCUGCUAUUCAACUGGAAAACAAGUACCUAGAGUUGUACAUUGUACAUGACCAUCAACAGUUUUUGGACAGCAAUAGGAACUCAGAGACCUUGAGAAAUAUGUCAAGUACGCUUACUCACCUCCUAGCAAAGGUGUUUCAAGAUGUCAACAUUACAAUAUCGCUUGUUGGUAGUGAAGUAUGGAAUGAAGGUGAUGAGAUAACAGUGAGCUCUGAUGUAUACACCACUCUGGAUAACUUCUUGACAUGGAGAGAGGAAGUGCUCUUACCUCAACAGUCACAUGACUUUGCUCUCCUCAUAUCAGGAACCACGUUUAUGCAUCACAUGAAGGCUCAUACAUACCAUGGAGAGAUGUGUUCACAAUCACACUCUGCUGCAAUCCUUGAAGAUUACACAGAUGACAUUGUUCAGAUUGCUAGUGAUGCAGCACAUAGCAUUGGUCAUAACAUUGGACUCAUGCAUGAUAGUCAAGACUGUAGCUGUGAUGAUGAUACUGGAUACUGUGUCAUGGAUGUUGUCAAAAGAAAGCAGCCUCCAACCAAGUUCUCCUCUUGUUCCAAACGACUGAUAGCCAACCACUACAGAGUUGGUCGUCUCGACUGCCUGAACGACCUACCAGCUAUCCCGAGGGGACCACUUUGUGGUAAUGGAUUGUUGGAAGAAGGAGAGGAGUGUGAUUGUGGCAAACCACAGGAAUGUGAGGAUGUAUGCUGCCUAUCCAGUGAGUGUCUGAGGAGAAGAGACUGCUCCAGGAGAUCCAGCCAGAUACUGGCUGCUGCAGAGGUAGUAACGGCUCCUCUUGACCCUCCCGAUACAGAAGAAAGGGAGACCUCUCCCUUGACCGAUGGUAUUAACUACCCUUUGGAAGACCAAGCCAUCAAUACCAGGGGUCGUUUAGUAGAUGAGACUGUGGAAGAAAGGUUUAACACCAUCAAUGCAAAUGGGGUGGUUGCAUCUGUUGUUCCUCAGCCAGGUCCGACAGAGCCUGCAAAGCUGACCUCUCCACAGAUUGUUGGGACUACAAUGACUGAAGCAGCCGAAGAGGUUGUUGAUGUAGAAGGGGAAGAUUUGGACAACGGUGUGAUCGCUACAAGAGAAGCCCUGACAGAGGCGGUAGUGAGUCGGAACAUUACUGGCGAUGUAGAUGGUGAGCAAGAGGAGUUUGUUGCAAUUGCUGCAGACGUGGAAGCAACCUAUGAUUUGGACAUAAACAACAACACUCCUACCAGUGAAACAUCAAUUCCUGAUGAAAAUUCUGUAGAAACAUCAUGUGAUGUGGUCUUGACUUCUGAUGGAUCCCAGGACAUUCUUGGAGACCGUGCCAGUGUAGCACAGAUCAUGGAAGAAUUAGGACAGUCAGAGCUACCAGAACCACCAGCUUUUAUUGUAGAGCCAGAACCAGAGCUCUACAUAGUACGUGCAAAAGAUCUACAACUACAUUGUGAAGCCUCUGGAUCUUCAGUCAUUGGCUAUACUUGGUUAAAGGAUGGAGAAGAGCUUGACAUCCAGAGUGAUCCCAGGAUGAUUCUUAACCAUGGCAACCUCACCAUUCAGUUCCCUGAUUCUGGUGAUAUAGGCAUCUACCGGUGCUUGGUUUCUAACAUCUACACCACCAUUGUGUCAUCUGAGAGCUCUGUUAGACGUGCUUUCAUGGGGAGCUUCUCUCCUGGUCCUGGCACGAUACGUGAAGUAACCGUGGGUAUAUCAGUGAUCCUUGCCUGCAACCCCCCUCUCAGUGUACCAAACCCCUUGGUCAUGUGGGCUCUCAACACCUCGGCUGAACCCAUCAACUACAGCCGACGAGUAUCCCAAGAUCCUAAGGGUAACCUGAUCAUAGCGUCCGUUGAGGAGCAGGAUACAGGGCUCUAUUACUGCAUCGUUGUCAACGAGAUCAUGGAGCGGAGGAUUGAAUCGCCCAGAAUAAACCUCAUCAUAAGGAAGCCAGCCCAGCCUCCUGAAAUGGUGUACUACCCUGAGACCACUAAGGUAGGACUGGAAGGAGAACAGCUUAGUCUCAAGUGCCUUGCUGUAGGAAGCCCAGUUCCACAGAUAUGGUGGGAGAAAGAAGAUGCUGAGCUGCCCCACAAUCGUUCCUCUCAUACUAGCUUUGGUCAAGAGCUGAUCAUCUCAUCGUUGAAGCUGGAAGAUGCUGGCUUGUAUCGCUGUAUAGCUGACAAUGGUGCUGGGGUCAGAGCGGAGUCAUCUGUUACUUUAACCGUCAAAGCUUCCCCAUACUGGGAGUCAGAGCCUGUGAGUCUGACCGUCCCUGUUGGUUCCCCAGCCUCAUUCAUCUGUGUUGCUAGAGGAGACCCUACUCCAGCAAUCACAUGGUUGAUUAAUAAUCAGCCUGCUGAUGAAGUCAGUGAAGCAUUGAAACUAGACUUAGUUGCAGAGCCGGGGCAUGGUACUUUGAGGGUGAAUAAAACCGUAGAUGUUGACAGUUCCUCAGCGGUCCAGUGUGUAGCAAGCAAUAGAUAUGGGACCAUUAUCAGCAAUGCUCACCUUACAGUACUAGCACUAGCACCAGUGUUCCGAGAGAAUGCUCCAUCUGAGGUGCUUGUGUUGGAGGGUGAGACAGUACGCUUGCCAUGCCAGGGGUUUGGAGCUCCUAACCCAACUGUCGCAUGGUGGAAUGGCUUGGGUGACAAGGUUGCUAAUGAAGGCAGAUUUCGGAUGAGAGCCGAUGGUUCUUUAGUAAUAUGUGACAUCAAAAUGACUGAUGAACGAGACUACAAAUGCAAGAUAGAAAAUAAAUUUGGAUAUGAGACUAGCAAGACACAGCUUUUCAUAAGAAGAAGAACACAGAUGACAAACCCUCCUACCGACACUCGAAUCCCGGCUGGGGACCAGCUGUUCCUACCUUGUGCUGUGACCUCUGACCCCGCCCAUCACAUAUCAUUCACAUGGAUGACCCCUAGAGGGUUACAGGUCAGUGUGGGGUCAGGAGGCGAUGGGUCAUUGAGGAUUGAGACGGUGUCUGACGAGGAUCAAGGAUUGUAUACAUGCACUGCCAAGUCAGCUCUAGAUAGUGUUUCUGCUUCUGCUUUGGUUGUAGUAGAAGAGAGAUCAAUCCCUCUGCUGUGUGGUAACGGCAUCGUUGAUGAGGAGGAGGAAUGCGAUGGAGGUUUAUACAAUGCAUCUAACCCUCAUCCCUGCUGCACAAAGCACUGUCAGUGGAGAAGUGAUUUACUAUGCAGGGAGGACACCCAGUGUUGCAAGGACUGUGAGCUGCUAGAGAGUGGUGUGCAAUGUCAUCUUGAAGUAGAACAUCCAGAGUGCUAUCAAGAAUCCUAUUGUAAUGGCUUGGACAUAGAAUGUCCUCCUGAUCUUGAGUACAUUCAGAAUGGAAUGCCAUGUAGAAACAAUGGCCAGUGUCUAGAUGGUGAAUGUAUUCCAUUCUGUGACUUACGAGCUGGAUUAGAGUCAUGUGACUGUCCAUCAGAUUCUAAUACGUGUGUACAUUGCUGUGUACAAGAUGGUAUCUGUUUACCAUUUCUUAGCCAAGAAGAUAAUAGUUCCGUCCCUCGACCAGACAAUAAUGGGAUGACGUGUGGAAGGAAUGGUGUUUGCAAUCGGGGUAAGUGUGUUGGAGAGGAUCCAACACCAAGACCACCUACAACAACCACACCUGCACCUACCAUAACCACACCUGCACGUACCACUGUACCUACAACAACGGAGACCACUACAACUACCACUACUACCCAAGCAACAACAGUUGGAGACAGACUGCCUAAUCCACCAUCAGAAGUAACCAUGACAUCGCUCUCAUCACCCCUGGAUGUCCAGCUGUCCUGGUCAAUGGAGGGCGAUGAUGAUCGCAUCUCUCAAUUUGAUGUGGAAGCACAGACCGCUUACUCUCGUGGUGACUGGACUCUUCUAGCCAGCGUCCCUUCCAAUGAGACCCAAGCAAGGGUCAAUCUAGCACCCUACAUGACCUACAGGUUCAGGGUCACAGCGGUCAAUGGAGUUGGGAGGUCAGAGCCUAAGAUGACCAGUGGUCAGUAUUUCACUCCUCCAGACAGACCAAUCAGCAACCCAAAGAAUAUCAGCUUCUCUGUAGAGAAUGGACAGGUUGUGGUCCACUGGAAGCCCCUCCGACCAGAAGAACAUGGAGCACCUGUCUUUUCCUACAAGGUACUCUGGCGUCCUCUUGAGACGGACACCUGGCAGGAAGCAGCAAUACAAAUGUUCCAGUACACAUUCACCAUCCCAAGUAGCCAAGAGGAGGGUCAGUAUGAGGUCGGCGUCCAAGCUGUCAAUGCUGUCGGCCCGGGGCCGGAACCUGAGAUUUUCACCUAUGGAUCUGUUAAGACUACCAAAGCUUCCUUGACUACUACUUCACCAUACCUAGGAUUCAUCCAGAGGCCACCGGAAGAAAUGCAAGUUCUUGUUGGUAGUCCAUUGACUCUCCCAUGUCAGGCAGAGGGUUUCCCUCAACCUCGUAUCCAAUGGUUCUUCAACAGUCGCAGGGUGGUACGGACCGAUCAAGUAGAGGUUGAUAAUGAUGGUCAGUUGGUGAUAGAUCCUGUAGACCUUUCUAACACAGGGAUGUACCAGUGUAGGAUCUCCAAUGAUGUCACUGGUGAGGACCAGACUGCAACCAGUCAUGUCGCUGUCGUAGCUCCCAUGCUAGUCUUCACUGCCACACCCCCAGCUCUAGUAGAUGUGUUAAUAGGUGAGAGUAUAGUGUUGCCAUGUCAGGCUGGUGGAUUCCCUCAGGCAACCCUCACAUGGAGGUUCCAGAAUAAUGUAAUUGAUUAUGGAGUUGAUAUCUACAUGGCAGAGAAUAAUUCCAUCAUCAUACCUGUUGCUGAUGAGUCUCAUUCUGGUCUCUACCAAUGCAUCAUAUCAAAUGGGCUUCAUAAUGUCAAGACAGCCAACAGCCAAGUUAAUAUCAGAGAGCCCCUUGAAGUGAGUGUAGAGCCAAUGGGGAUCCUGACCAUACUAGGCUCUGAGAUCACUCUCCCCUGUACAGUCACACAUGAUCAUCCACUCCUAAGAGUGUACUGGACUCGUAAUGAUGAAGUCAUCUAUGAGCACUAUAUCAAUCAGACUCUACAAGACUACUCCCUACUCAUAGAGACAGUGGUGUGGAGUGACAGAGGGCAGUAUCGAUGCAUCGCAGAAACAGCCCUUGAUUCGGACAGUGAUUUGGUUCAAGUGGUCAUUCAAACUCUACCAGAUACGCCAUCUAACAUAAAGACCAAUACCAGUCAAGAUGGGUCAGAGGUGACUGUGUUCUUUGAUGCUCCAUUUGAUGGCAACUCUCCCAUCUCAUCAUACAUCAUUGAAUACAGCAGCCCUGAAGCUGAGGUCCCAUGGCAGGACGUGAAAACCAUUGCUCCUGGUAACACCACCCAGGUCGCCACCACGGUUACAAUACCCCCGUUCUGGGGUUACUAUGUCAGAGCCAAGGCGGAGAAUGAGUUUGGAAUGUCUGAGCCAAGCGAGGCGUCCGAUCCUAUCUAUGUGAGACCCACUGCACCGACCCGCAAUCCAUCAGGGGUGAUGACUGAAGUGUUGGAUGGAGGCAGUAAGAUCAACGUUACUUGGGAGCCUCUGAGAAAAUCUGAAUGGAAUGGUCCAGGGUUCUACUACAUCAUAGAUUUACGUGGUGCAAACCAGCGCUUUGGAUCCAUGGUGACCGUGGAUUAUUUCCGCCCACCUAACAUCCUACUAGACGUUGAUCCUUCUCUCAUGCCAUAUGAGAUCAUGAUUCAGGCCGGUAAUGAUAUCGGACUGGGUCCUAUACCAGAGAUUGUCGCUGCUGGUAUUGAGGAGAUGGGUUUGGCUCUUCCCGAUGCUCCUACCAGUGUCAUGGUGGAGAUGAUCACACCAACCUCUAUCAAUGUAUCAUGGACUCCUGUGCCUCAAAGACCAUCCUAUGGGAAUGUGUAUGGAUACAGGGUAGUAGUCCAAGCAUCAGAAGCUGUGUUUGGAGCUAGACCAGAGAGCUGCCUGUCGACCACCUCAAACUGUGAGAUAGCAGGUCUACAGCGAGGCAACACAUACAGAGUGACUGUGAUAGCCAAUGGAGAGGGUGGUGAGGGAUUCAGCUCCAUGCCUGUUACAAUAACCGUUCCCAAAGAUUUGCCCUCUGCAGUGCGUAAGAUGAAGGUGAGAACAUGGGCUAGGACAAUGCUCAUCAAAUGGGAACCACCAGAGAUUGGAGAGAUACAGGGUUAUGUUAUCAUCUAUCAAUCAACUACUAGUGAUGCGAUGACUGUUGAGGAGAGAUUGGAUAAUCCCAUAGAAAACAGUCUCAAGAUCGGAGGUUUGACCCCAGGGUCGGCUUAUCAUGUGACGAUAGCUGCAUUCAACGAGGGAGGUCGAGGAGAGCCAAUGUCAAUGGACAUCAAUACUAAACCAAGCAAAUCAAAGCGAUCCCACCACCAAUGAGUCACCUAGCAACAGUGCUCAUGCUUGAAUAUACGACGACUCAGCCACGUGCCUAUUUAUCAUCACCGUCUACGGACAUUGUACAUAACAUGCCAUCUAGGCUUCUAGCAACCUUCACAUUGAGUGGGCUAGCUGUCGUCCAUUCCUAUUGCAUUUCUCAGGCUGAGUGAUACUUUACCAGCAGUCUUGAGAUCACUGGAAUGAUGAUAUGUGAUAGUGAAUAGCCAGAGUCCAUAUUCAGUGAAGACUUCAGCCUUUCGAUCCAGAUGGAUCCUUUCACCUUUCUUGAAUAGAAAUGUGUUUCAAAGUCAAUAAUAUGGCCAUCAUCUCAUGUCCAGUUUUAAGGGUGUACAUAGGAUUUUGGAAGGAAAAGUUCACUUUAUGCUCUGAACUAUACAAAAUCAUAUUUCAUUCCUAAUGGUAAUUUUCUUUGAUGAAGUGGCCUGUAAUGAACAUCAACAUUAUUUCAGGGAAGAGGAGUUGGAAUAAAAAUAUUCAUUACAUUUAUUUAUCUUAUUGUUUUUAUUCAAUUUGAGGCAUUUAAAAUGUAUUUCUAUGAUUGUACAUGAUUAUUUUUAAAGCUAAUGUGAAUUUUUUUCAAUGUGUCGCCCGAUAGAUUCUUUGGUCACUAAAAUCUGUGUACAUAGUUCUAUUUUGCUUGGAGUAGCGUGAAAAUUGACUUAAAUUCACACAAAAUUUAACCAUUAAUACCUACAUGAAUUAGGUUAUUUCUGUAUUAAGCCUAUGGGAAUGUGAUAAUUCUAUAGUCAAUGGAUUAAUGUGUUCCAAUUUAGCUCUUACAAACUGAAUUAUACUACUGUAAAACCCAAAACUUUCACAAUUCCUUUUUUUUGCAAUGGCUGCUUUCAACCAGGAAUUUUUGGCAAUUUCAGACUUUAGUAAAUGAGGACCACUCAUGAAAUUUGCUAAAAUGUUUCUUGUAUGUGAUGGUUUCUGGUUUGGCAGUAUUUCUUUCAGUCAUGUUAGACUUGGACAAAUGCAGUACAGAAUACACUUGAAUCUUAAACUUUCUAUAUUCUGUUUAGGGAACAUACAAAUCAUUAAAUGUUAUGAACUGCUUUUUCUUCAGGUAAAAUGAUACAUUAUUUGUUUAAAAAAUCAAGUCAAGCUACAAAGAAGUAUGUGUUGCCUUGUAAUUUGAAUUUUAGAAUGAAUACCACCCAUUGAUGGUACAUGUCAAGAUUGGUAAUAAUCAAGCUUUGUCUUGCUCCUGUUACACUGGUAAACAAAAAAGGCACUUAUGAAUGUCUUUGAGAUUCUACAGAAAUGUUUCUUUGUAAUACUUUGUAAUCACUGUUUAAUAUUUACAUGUCUGCAGCAGAUUUUAUAAUCUAUAUUUAAUGCAAGAACUUUAAAAUUAAAAGUGCCAAGUUCUCAUGCAAAUUAUGUGAUACCAAAAUAAUGAUUUGUGACAUUUUGGAUUCUGUCAAGAAAGUUGUUGAAAUGUCUUUGCUUAUUGUUUACUCAGCAUCAAAACAAAGGACCACUGGUAAGCUAUGUUUACCCAUGUACUAUACACACUGCACUGUCACAUAAAUGGCAUCACUCAUUGUGCAUCAAGCAAGUCAGAAUAAUAAAGUAAAGGACAAGGAUGUCAAUUAUAAUGAUCAUAUUUUAUAUGUUUGAUUCAACAUCCUAUAUUCAUUUUUACAAGAGUUUUAAUUACUGUACAUAGAACAAUACAUAAACUUGUAUUAUUGUUCUUAAUCUUAUAGAUUAUGUAACACAAUAAAAUGUAUAUUUUUGAAAUUCA